CAAUAAGCCCUGCAUUAUCACAAGAGAAGGCAAAGGUUCUCUUUCAGUACAUUGCCGAUGCUUACUAUGUUCUUAGUGAUGAAACACGAAAGGCACAAUAUGGUGCUUGUUUAAUAAAUGUGGCUUCUUUUGAAUUCAUUG